AUGGCACCAGGUGUUCAACAAAAGGUGUUUGUAUUCUGCCUUGAGGCCUUUAAUGCUGAUGCAGUGAAUGAUGUGAAUGUGGGUGUUGAAUUGUUAAAGGAUGCAGUGAAUGAUGUGAAUGUGGGUGUUGAACUGUUAAAGGAUGCAGUGAAUGAUGUGAAUGUUGGUGUUGAACUGUUAAAGGAUGCAGUGAAUGAUGUGAAUGUUGGUGUUGAACUGUUAAAGGAUGCAGUGAAUGACGUGAAUGUAGGUGUUGAAUUGUUAAAGGAUGCAGUGAAUGAUGUGAAUGUUGGUGUUGAACUGUUAAAGGAUGCAGUGAAUGAUGUGAGUGUAGGUGUUGAACUGUUAAAGGAUGCAGUGAAUGAUGUGAAUGUUGGUGUUGAAUUGUUAAAGGAUGCAGUGAAUGAUGUGAAUGUGGGUGUUGAAUUGUUAAAGGAUGCAGUGAAUGAUGUGAAUGUUGGUGUUGAACUGUUAAAGGAUGCAGUGAAUGAUGUGAAUGUGGGUGUUGAACUGUUAAAGGAUGCAGUGAAUGACGUGAAUGUAGGUGUUGAACUGUUAAAGGAUGCAGUGAAUGAUGUGAAUGUAGGUGUUGAACUGUUAAAGGAUGCAGUGAAUGAUGUGAAUGUUGGUGUUGAACUGUUAAAGGAUGCAGUGAAUGAUGUGAAUGUUGGUGUUGAACUGUUAAAGGAUGCAGUGAAUGACGUGAAUGUAGGUGUUGAACUGUUAAAGGAUGCAGUGAAUGAUGCGAAUGUAGGUGUUGAACUGUUAAAGGAUGCAGUGAAUGAUGUGAAUGUUGGUGUUGAACUGUUAAAGGAUGCAGUGAAUGAUGUGAAUGUUGGUGUUGAACUGUUAAAGGAUGCAGUGAAUGAUGUCAAUGUAGGUGUUGAACUGUUAAAGGAUGCAGUGAAUGACGUGAAUGUAGGUGUUGAACUGUUAAAGGAUGCAGUGAAUGAUGUGAAUGUUGGUGUUGAACUGUUAAAGGAUGCAGUGAAUGAUGUGAAUGUUGGUGUUGAACUGUUAAAGGAUGCAGUGAAUGACGUGAAUGUAGGUGUUGAACUGUUAAAGGAUGCAGUGAAUGAUGCGAAUGUAGGUGUUGAACUGUUAAAGGAUGCAGUGAAUGAUGUGAAUGUUGGUGUUGAACUGUUAAAGGAUGCAGUGAAUGAUGUGAAUGUAGGUGUUGAACUGUUAAAGGAUGCAGUGAAUGAUGUGAAUGUAGGUGUUGAACUGUUAAAGGAUGCAGUGAAUGAUGUGAAUGUUGGUGUUGAACUGUUAAAGGAUGCAGUGAAUGAUGUGAAUGUGGGUGUUGAAUUGUUAAAGGAUGCAGUGAAUGAUGUGAAUGUUGGUGUUGAACCGUUAAAGGAUGCAGUGAAUGAUGUGAAUGUAGGUGUUGAACUGUUAAAGGAUGCAGUGAAUGAUGUAAAUGUUGGUGUUGAACUGUUACAGGAUGCAGUGAAUGAUGUGAAUGUAGGUGUUGAACUGUUAAAGGACGCAGUGAAUGAUGUGAAUGUUGGUGUUGAACUGUUAAAGGAUGCAGUGAAUGAUGUGAAUGUAGGUGUUGAACUGUUAAAGGAUGCAGUGAAUGAUGUGAAUGUUGGUGUUGAACUGUUAAAGGAUGCAGUGAAUGAUGUGAAUGUGGGUGUUGAAUUGUUAAAGGAUGCAGUGAAUGAUGUGAAUGUUGGUGUUGAAUUGUUAAAGGAUGCAGUGAAUGAUGUGAAUGUAGGUGUUGAAUUGUUAAAUGAAGCAGUGAAUGCUGAGAAUUUUGCCUUAGAUUACAACGUGAGACCAGCUGCUGCCUUCCUGCGGUGA